AUGGGGAUGGAUGUGGUGCAUGUCGCUCUGCGGCCGGGACAGAUAGAGGUGUUCGGAGGGGAGCGCAGGGAUGAAAAUCAGACAUCGGCACUGUCGAAAUGCUGGAAAUACAAAGCCACGAUCGAAGACUCGCACCAAGAAUCCUUCUUUCAUACCGACAAACUUUUUGCCCUCUCCUCCUCAGGCUGGGACGACGUUGUGGUGGUUGAAGAGAACAUGCCUGCCACCCUGGGCUGUGCUGACACAACAGUGAGAGGUGACAUAUCCAUUAAUUGGAUGGUGAAAUCACUUGGUGCGGAUGAAUGGAAACUGGUACUCUCAGCCACUGAGAAUGACAAGUUCUCUGGUGGUGCCUCAAAGGCAUCCAUGCGACUGACUGACAGCAACUUUCAAGACACUGGGAAUUUCUCGCUGUUUUUACUACCCAAAGUGGAGGACAGCGGCCUCUACUCAUGUUUAAUAAAGCGGAAAGAGAAGAAAGUCAAGGAGAGGAUUGUUCUUUUAGCAGUCCUUACAGUGAAAAUCCACCCUGCCGCACCGGUCCCUCAGCACAGCAACUUGCGGCUGAUGGCUAAAGUGACCCCAGAGAGUGACAUCACCACAGUCACGUGGACAGCACCUGGCGGCAUUCCCAUGAAGAGUGAGAAAAAGCCCAACGCGGGCACAGUGGCUAAACUGCCACAGGUCCAGAGCAGUGACGGCGGGGCCUAUGUCUGCACCGUUUACCUCAUGGGAGAAAGAGUGUUUGCCACAAACGUGGAAGUGACUGUUGAUGCUGUCAAAGUGGCCUCAUUCACCAGUAUAACACAUGGCCUAAUGAUCUCAGCUGCCAUUCCGGCUCAGACUUCCUUCCUCCUGACCUGUCCCAGUGUCCAGGGUGACUAUGUCCGUUUAUUCUGGCACACCCCAGACGUCAGGAAGCAGAAAAACGGGACAUUAGUGCACCAGUACGACCAGUGGAGGGAUUCCACCUUAAAGGCGGAGCAAAGCAGGGCCCUCCAGCUGGCUGGCCCGCCCUACAAUGCCGAGGUCGGGAGUUUCUCCUUCCUGCUCACCGCUGAGCUAAAGGAUGGCGGCCUCUACGUCUGCGAAGUGUGUCUCAAUGACAACAUCUUCAGACAGAAGACAACACUCACCGUGCUGAAAGUUAAAACUAUACAUCAUCCCUCAAAGCUGGAGUUGUUGUGCCAGUAUAAAGAGCGUUCUCAGGUUCACAGUGUCACCUGGAAACACCAGGGUACGAAUAUGAAAAUGUCAAGCAAGAGCCCUGGCAUCAUCAGCACCUUUCUGCCGUUACCCAUCACUUCCAAGGAAACAGGGAACUACACCUGCAUCCUGAAGCUAAAAAAUGGCCGGGUCAUCUGGGUGGACCAAGCUGUCACACUGCCCCCUGAAGUCAGUGUCACCAUCCCCUCGCUGCACCCCCCUCUCUCUGCUUUAUUACUCCUGGUGCCCCUGGUUGCUGCAGCUGUCGGUGUGUUGCUAUGGAGACAGAAACACAUUUCUGAUCGCGGUAUUGAGCAGUCUUUGUCUGUCCAUUCCUGUGAAACAGAGAACAUCUAUGAGAAUCCCGAGGAUAUCAGACAGGCUCCUCCCCAGGGUUCAGUCUACAUGGAUUUGAAGCCAAGAGGAGAGGAUGAUAUCUAUAAGGAACUGGAGAGUCUAUCUGCCCCUCACAUUCUUCUCACACUCACCAUUCACAUGGGUCUGAACAUCACUAUGCGAGCAAUGUCAGGACUGAUCACCUACCCACAUCUCAUCCUCAUCCAGCUGUCACAUCCUCUCAGUUCCCAGCUGCAGCAAAAGGCCUUUUAUAAACAAGUGCAACAACAGAGUGUCAUACUUAAAGAAAAACUUCAGCGCUUCAGGGAAAUGAGAUCCAGUUCGCAGGCUUCCGUAGUGAUACUCGAGGAAGAAUGGCUGUCUGGAUGUGGCUCCGCUGUAUCGUUGGGCCACAUCUGCAAAGAAUUCACCGUUCACCGGAGCAUUCCCGACCCGAGGACAGGUUGGGCCGGAGGCAGGCUCCUGGUGGGGUUCAUGUUUCUGUUUUUCUGCCGACAGGGAUGGAACUACCAACAAAGGGGCCUGGAAAGACACACUGACAGCAUUCUUGGUUGGGCUUCCACACUGUGGUCCUUGUCUUACUACAGCUCCCCUCUCCUCCUCUGCUAUCUCUACAGGAAAGGCUAUAUUUGCAGCAGUAAGUUGGUUCCGGUGAGCCAGUAUUUGGGGACCGUGCUUGUUUGUCUCCUUGGCGUGGCCUGUCUGAGAGGGUGGGGGAGAUGGAAGAACCCUGAAUAUGUGCAGUUUAUCUCAAUUCUUGAGGAAACUAAGAAGAAUCACACAGCAGCAAACAAGAAAAGACUGAGGGGCUAUGACUUUGAUUUCUCGUCUUGGCCUGCGGAUUUCAGUUGGACAGAAGUCAGCAGCCCGAAACUGUCCAAAGCGGGCGUUUCAUUGCUGAAGCCGGAGCCCAAACUGAGAGGAGCUGCAGACAGCGUCCUCAACUCUGUGCGCACGUUGCCAUGCCACAUCAUCGGUUUUCUAAUUGCCCACUCAUUUGGGAGGAGGAUGCUGUAUCCUGGCUCAGUGGGUUUGCUGCAGAAAGCAAUGAGACCCAUGCUGCAGCAAGGCCAGGCUAAGUUAAUAGAGGAGUUUGACGGCCAGAGGAACAAGCUGGUCGCCUGCGAUGGUAAUGAGAUCGACACAAUGUUUGUGGACCGAAGGAGAGAUGGCAGCCAGAACGGAAAAACUCUGGUCAUCUGCUGUGAGGGAAAUGCAGGGUUCUAUGAGGUGGGCUGCAUGAACACUCCACUGGAGGGCGGCUACUCUGUGCUGGGCUGGAACCACCCAGGUUUUGGAGGCAGCACGGGAGUGCCUUUCCCCCAGAAUGAGGCCAAUGCCAUGGACGUGGUGAUCCAGUUUGCAGUACACAAACUCGGUUUCCAGCUGAGCGAUAUUGUCGUAUAUGCUUGGUCCAUAGGAGGAUUCACAGCCAGUUGGGCAGUGAUGUCAUACCCAGACAUCCAGUCGGUGGUACUGGAUGCCUCAUUUGAUGACCUUCUGCCUCUGGCCCUCAAAGUCAUGCCUGACAGCUGGAGACCACUGGUACAACACACAGUGAGGCAGUACAUGAACCUCAACAAUGCAGAGCAGCUGCUUAAGUACCAGGGACCAGUGCUGCUGAUCAGGAGGACCAGAGACGAAAUCAUCACCACCACUGGUCCAGAGGACAUCAUGUCAAACAGAGGAAACGAUCUCCUGCUCAGACUGCUUCAGUUCAGGUAUCCCAAAAUAAUGACAGAUGAUGGGAUCAGAGUUGUCAGACAAUGGCUGGGAGCUGCCGGUCCAUUAGAAGAAGCAUCUGUGUACAGUGGCUAUGAGGUGGACGACGACUGGUGUGUGUCUGUGCUGCAGUCCUAUCAGGCAGACAGAGAUGUUUCGUUUCCAUGGAGCGUUGGUGAGGACAUGACUCUGGAGGGAAGGCGGCAGCUUGCUCUUUUCUUGGCACGGAAGUACAUGCGAAACUUUGAGUCGACACACUGCACCCCUCUCCCCGCCACCGAGUUCCAUUCUCCCUGGAGACUGUAA